AUGGCUGCUCUUUUUUCUUUAUACCUAAUGCUUUCCAUAUUUUUUAUCUCCGCUUUUCCUCACUGUCUGAGUAAUCUAUCUCCUCAACAACAACAACAACAAUUGCUCUUGCAAUUCAAAUCUGCCGUCUCCAAGAAAGGCAACUCUCUGCCUGACUGGAAUCCCCUUCACCCCUUGUGCAACUGGACUGGUGUUAUUUGUCACUCCUCUUCUCACUCUGUCCGUGCCAUCAAUUUAACCCUAAUGAGUUUAGAUGGCACCAUCUCUCCUGUGCUCGGGAAUCUCUCCUCUCUUCGAUACCUAGACCUCUCCUUCAAUAACCUCACUGCAACCAUUCCCCAACUCGGCCAACUCCCACGUUUACGGAUACUCUGGCUAGACCACAACCAAUUACAAGGAACCAUCCCGCCCACUCUCUCCGCUUGCCGCCGUUUGUAUAGCUUGACACUUUCUUUUAACCAACUGCAUGGUAGCAUUCCGCCUGAGCUGAGCCUUCUCACAAGUUUGAUGUACGUCUACUUGGGCGUUAACAAUCUCACAGGUACCAUUCCUAGCUCUUUAGGAAAUCUCUCCGCCUUAGUUUUAUUGGAUUUGGGCGAAAAUGAGCUCUCUGGCACCAUUCCACCUGAAUUGGGAAUUCUCACUGACAUAGAGUCUCUUCUUUUGUGGGGAAAUCAUCUUAGUGGAAACAUACCAAAGUCCCUCGGAAAUUGUUCUCGUCUCCAACGACUGGCCUUAAAUAAGAACCGACUGAGUGGAACGGUUCCAAUGGAGCUGGGUAAGUUGAACCUUCUCACCAGGCUUUACCUACACACCAAUCAACUUGUUAGUGGCAGCACUAAUAAAUUGGCCUUUCUCACGGCUCUCACAAAUUGCUCCCACUUGCAAGAAAUGUUUUUGUCAUAUAAUCAUUUCACAGGUAUAUUGCCCCCAUCCAUAGGCCACCUGUCUUCCAAUCUCAAUGUCCUGGGUUUACAUGGCAACAUGAUAAGCGGAAGCAUACCACAGCAGAUUGUCAAUCUGACAAACUUAACUUUCUUAAAUUUAGGCUAUAAUCUUUUCAGCGGCAAUAUUCCAUCUGGAAUUGAAAAAUUACAUAAGUUGGAAAGAUUGAUUCUGGGUGGAAACAAAUUAGAAGGAAGUAUUCCAAGUCAGAUAGGUGCAAUGCAACAUUUGGGACUCUUAAAUCUUAGUCACAAUCAGUUAUCUGGAAAAAUACCAGAUUCUCUUUGUAAAUCCCAGCAGCUAAGACAUCUUUUACUUCAGCACAACAAGUUAUCAGGGAAAAUCCCUGUUAGUUUGGAGGGAUGUCAGAAGUUGGAGCUCCUUGACUUAUCUUACAAUAAACUAGGGGGGAGAAUACCUCGUGAACUCAUUGCCAGCCUCAAAAACCUGCAAUUCUACCUCAACCUUUCGUGGAAUUCUCUGGAAGGAUCGUUGCCACAGGAGAUGAGUAAAAUUGUAAUGGUUCAAGCCAUAGAUAUAUCUGGAAAUCAACUUAGUGGGGUCAUUCCAUAUUCUCUAGGAGACUGCACAGCAUUAGAGCAUCUAAAUCUGUCCCACAACGCGUUUGUUGGUCCAAUACCAGAUUCGCUAUCCAAAUUGAAGAAUCUCCACGAAAUGGAUCUCUCUUUCAAUAAUUUGUCAGGACAGAUUCUAGAAACAGGGAUGUUUCCAAAUAGAACUGUUGUAGCAUUGUUUAUGGGGAACCCUGACCUAUGUGGCCCAAAAAAUUAUUCAUUGCCUCCUUGCUCAAAUCAGGGGCACAAAAAGAAACAUUCCCUGCUAAAAAUAACAGUCUUAUCAGUUGUUGGAACAAUUGCAUUUGUAUUAUGCUUGAUCAUUCUAGUAAUGCUAUGGAGGCAUAAAUUUUCAGGGAAGCUAGUCAAUUCCUCAAGCUUUGUUUUUCAAAGGCUCCGAUUUCCAAAAUUUUCAUAUCAAGAUCUUGUCAUUGCCACAUCUGGAUUUCAUGAGUCAAACUUGCUUGGAGUGGGUAACUUUGGAUCUGUGUACAAGGGCAUCUUGAGGGAUGGUAACAUCAUUGCUAUCAAGACUCUUAAUUUUCAAAAUGAAGAAGCUCUUAAGAGUUUUAAGACAGAAUGCAAAUUGUUAGGGAGGAUUCGGCACCGUAAUCUCAUCAGAAUAAUAAGUGCUUUUUUCUACCCUGACUUCAAAGGUUUGGUUCUUGAGUUUGCAUGUAAUGGGAACUUGGAAAAACAUUUGCACGCUGACAGAGAUGAUGAAGGCUUUUCUAAGUUGCGAUUGAGUGACCGUUUCAGCAUUGCUGUAGAUGUAGCCCAUGGCAUGGAAUAUUUGCAUCAUGAUUGUCCUCUACAAAUUGUGCACUGUGAUUUAAAACCUAGCAAUGUGCUCCUGGAUGCCAACAUGACAGCCCUUGUCACUGAUUUUGGUAUAUCCCGUUUAACUACUAUAAAUUCCAUAGAUUCAUUGAGUACUACAACAUUUGCACUCAGAGGAUCCAUUGGUUAUAUUGCUCCAGAGUAUGGAUUGGGUGGGAGGGUUUCUACCAAGGGAGAUGUUUAUAGUUAUGGAAUUCUGAUAUUAGAGAUGAUUACAAGGAAGAGGCCAGAUGAUGACAUGUUUGUGGGAGACCUGAACUUACAAAAGUGGGUGAGGUUGGCUUUUCCAGACAGAUUGGCAGAUAUUGUUGAUAGUGAGCUGUUGAAAGAUGUGAAUGAAAACAUGGAAGACAAUAGAUGUCUUGUUUCUUUUAUUCAAGUUGGUUUGCUUUGCAGUGCUGAAUCACCAAGAGAGCGACCUUCAAUGAGAGAUGUAGCCAAUGCCUUGGGGAGCCUCAAGACAUCUUUCAUUGGAGGUGCACCUACUUUCAAUUUAACAUCUACCAUAUCAGAUCUCCUGCGCAAUACCAACGCCACAGGAACAUUGCAUGAUAAUGUGUCUCUUAGUGGGGAAGAUGAGCCCAUUAGGAAUGUAGAGAAGCGCACGUAUAGUAAUGUUGAUCAUGGUGAUAGUGAAAACGAGGAUGUCUAUACUAAAUACGAGGCUGCUGAGCAGGUAGUUUGUAAUAGUGAAGGUGAUGGUGAAGUGAAUAUGGAAUUGGAUGUUCCGCCUACAACAAAUGUCUUACUCAAUGAGCAUGCAUCUCUUUUGUCGGGGAGGCAUAAAAAUACGAAGGCUACCAUGAAUAAAAGGCUAAAUUCGAAUGGCAUAUAUUUGACACAGAAGGCUGAUUUUGAUCCCGGUUCAUGGAGGGAGCAUGCAAUUGUUCGAGGCUCUGGCUGA